UGGAAGGGAGGGGGUCAUCUCGGGACAAGGCCUGGGGGAUUGGGUGUCAGAGUUUGGGCACCCGGAGCCCGGUCCCCAAGCCCGCCAGCACCGGCUAUAAUUAGUCGGGUGGGGCCACUGACCGGUUGAGGGGCAAGUUCCCUCUGCCACACCGUCCGAAGCUGAGAAGGUUCAAGUGAGAGGCAGAAGGAACACUGGUGUCUCAGGAGGCGGACCGGACCAUGAGCGUCUCGGACUCCGCGCAUCGUUCCUCCGAGCCUCUUCCCGCCCAGAAGGACCGCCUCGGCCUCCCUUUACCCGACCGGAGAACUCCCUCCUGGCCUCCUUCCCCCGACGAGGAUCCCGGUUUGCCCCCUUUUCCUCUGGAAGAGGCUGUCCCCAGGCCUGUGGCCCCAGGGAACCUCCCCUCUCCGGCCUUGUCCCUAGAGGAAGACGAGGAGGAAGAAAACGAAGACGGAGAAGACGCGGCAGACCUGGAGGGACUGCGCAGCGAGGAACAUCCGAGCCAGUUUUUCGCUGAGGCACAGCGGCUUCGGGAGCAGAGGCUGUUGCUGGACGAAGAGGUGUCAGUUGGGGGGCGCGUAUACGGGGUGCAUCGGGUAAUCUUGGCUGCAGUUAGCAGCCUCUUCCGAAACAGGAUGCUGGGCGGCACAGGUCCACGACCGCCCCUCAGCCUCGACGUGGCCGCCGGGGCCUGGGAGGCCGCGCUGACCUUUGCCUAUGAGGGUUUCCUGGGCCCUGCCCCGUGGGGAGAUGUGCUGGUCGCGGCCGAGGCUCUGGGAGCACCCCGGGUGAAGGCCGCCGCCCAGAGGAGAGGCAAGGGGGCUGGAAGCGCCAGGGAAGAUGAAAAGCAGCCCAGCCAGGCAGAGGAGCUGAGGGAGAACCUGCAUAACAUCGAGCUUCUCUACAAAGAAGGCGUGGGGUGUGACCUGGAGCUGGAGGCAGGCGGCUGCCGGCUGCGAGUGCACCGAGCAGCCCUGGCCUGUGGCAGCGAGUUCUUUGGCGCCAUGCUCCUGAGUGGAAUGAGGGAAUCCCAGGGCACAGAGGUGUCUCUGCACACCAUCUCUGCCCAGGACCUGAGACUCCUCGUCUCUUUUGCCUACUCUGGUGUUGUGCGGGCAAGGUGGCCAGGACUGCUGAGAGCUGCCCAGGCUGCUGUGCAGUACCAGAGCUCUUCUUGCCUCGCUCUGUGCCAGAGAGCCUUGGCACGGGGCCUCAGCCCUGCACGUUGCCUGGCCCUGUUCCCCAUAGCUGAAGCCCCUGGCUUAGAGAGGCUCUGGAGCAAAGCCCGUCACUACCUCCUCACCCACCUGCCUGCCGUGGCUUUGUGCCCCACUUUCCCUUCUUUACCGUCUGCCUGCUUGGCUGAGCUCCUGGAUAGCGAUGAGCUACACGUGCAAGAGGAGUUUGAGGCCUUCAUGGCUGCGUGGCGUUGGUUAGCUGCCCACCCCGAGACCGAGGAGUCAGAGGCCAAGGCCCUGCUUCGAUGUGUUCGCUUUGGCCGCAUGUCCACCAGGGAGCUGCGGAGGGUUCGGGCAGCUGGGCUGCCUCCCCCCCUGGCCCCAGACUUGCUGCAUCAGCUCCUGGUAGAGGCUGCGGUUCCGGGUCAAGAGAGGCGGCGGGAGCCUGACCAGGCCCUGGUAGUGAUUGGCGGGGAUGGGCUGCGAUCAGACAUGGCCAGAACACAGCCAUCCCGAGGCGUGUGGUGGGCCCGGGCCUUCUGCUGUGGCACGGGACUCGUCCGAACCGUGGAGUGGGGCCGGCUGCCGGCCCUGCCCGGCCCAGGGCGCUUCCGGCAUGGGGCCGCCAGCCUAGCAGGAAGUGAGCUGUACGUGUGCGGGGGACAGGAUUUCUACAGCCCCACCAACACCCUGGCUUCGACUCUCAGGUGGGACCCCAGUCAAGAGGACUGGGGGGAGGUGGCGCCUUUGUGCCAGGCUCGGAGCUUUUUUCCCCUGGUGGCCCUGGAUGGACUGCUUUAUGCCCUGGGCGGCCGAGACGGUGAUGUUGCUCUCAACUCCGUGGAGGCCUAUGACCCUGAGCUCAAUGUCUGGAGGCCAGCACCUGCUCUUCCAGCACCACGCUUUGCCCACGCAGCUGCUGUUUUGGAGGGCCGAUUGUACGUGAGCGGUGGCUGCAGCGGGGCUGGCCAAUACCUGGCCUCAUUGCUGCACUAUGAUCCCAAGCUUGAGAGGCCAGGGACACUUCUGAGCCCUAUGGGGGUACCUCGGGCUGGCCAUGUCAUGGCUGCUCUGGGCGGCCGGUUGUACGUAGCAGGCGGGCUAGGCGAGAAGGGGGAUCUACUGAGCUUCGAGGCCUAUGAACCGAAGACUGAUAGCUGGACUCAUCUGGCACCUUUGCCCUCCCCCCAUGUGGGGGCUGCAGGUGCUGCGUUGCAGGGGGAGCUACUGGUGCUGGGAGGCUACAGCCACUGUACUUACGCCCUUUCCCACCUUAUCCAUGCUUACUGUCCUGGCCUGGGCCGAUGGCUCUGCCUGGGAACUCUGCCGAGGCCUCGGGCUGAGAUGCCUGCCUGCGUCCUGACGCGGCCCGUGCAGCACAUACCUUUGGUUCCCGCACGGCACCAAACCAAACCCGCUGGGUGA